UCCGAUCCAAGUUAGCACCGGCCCAGGCUCGUCCAGCGUGGGUAAACACUAGCGGCUGGAUCUUGAUUUUGAAGGUUAAAUUCUGUAAUAGGUACACACAAAUCAAUCUUUGGGGGUCCGUAAUCUUCUCCCGGUGAAGAUAAACGCCAGAGAGUACUUUACAAGAUGCCUCAUCGAAAGAAGAAAUCAUUUAUUGAGAAGAAGAAAGCUGUGACCUUUCACCUGGUCCACAGAAGUCAGAGGGAUCCACUUGCUGCAGAUGAAAAAGCACCACAGCACGUCCUUCUGCCUCCAAAGGUUGACGUAGAUAAGAGGCAAGAAGAACAGAGGAAAUUUGGCGUUUUCUUUGACGACAACUAUGACUACCUGCAGCACCUGAAGGAGUCAUCCAGCCAAACCGAGCUGGUUUCAGCCGGACCCUCGUACUCCGAUAAAGAAUCUAUUCACUUACGUGAUGAGGAUGAUGAUGAGAACGAGGUGGAAAGAUGUGUGGAAAAGGAGGUUCCUGAGGCUACCAUCCACUUGCCCUCUUCCGUCUUUGCCACAGAGUUCGAAGAAGAGGUGGGACUUUUGAACAAAGCUGCUCCCAUUUCAGGACCUCGUCUGGACAUGGACCCGGACAUCGUAGCGGCCCUUGAUGAAGACUUCGACUAUGCCGACCCCAACAACCUCCUGGAGGACGACUUCAUCGUCAAAGCAAACAGCACAGCUGGAGCCCUGGACGCAAAAGAUGAAGACGAGUGGGAAGACACGGAUGAUGAGGAUGAAGGCGACGUGGACUCGGAGGCUGGUUUUUCGAGCGACGGGGACGGGGAUGGCGGCGGUCGAGAGUUUAUGUUCAUGGACGAGGAAACAAAGAGCCGCUUCACAGAGUACUCGCUGACUUCGUCUGUUAUGAGGAGGAACGCGCAGCUAAGCCUGCUGGACGACCGCUUUGAUGAGUUCUAUCAACAGUUUGAUGAUAGUGAGAUCGGCGCUCUGGACAACGCUGAGCUGGAGGGCUUCAUCCAACCAGACAGUGCUCGUCUGGAGGAGGUCAUCAAAGACUACUUCAAACAGAGAGAGAACGAUUUUCUGAGGCCUGAUGAUUUAGGACCCAAAGAACUUCCCGUGUUGAAGGAGGAGGAAGAUGAAGAGGAGGAAGAGAUGGAGACUUUAGUCAUUGAAGCUCCAGAAGAGAAGUGGGACUGUGAAACCAUCAUCAGUACUUACUCCAACAUUUAUAACAGACCCAAAGUCAUUGAAGAACCAACAAAGCUGAAGCCGAUCCAUGUGUCCAGUAAGACGGGCAUCCCUCUGGGCGUCCUCCCGGCCAAAGGUCUCACUGCCAAGCAAGCUGAGCGAAUGACGAGAAUCAACGACUCGGACCUGCCGCGCGUCUCCACUCAGCCCCGGAACAAGGAGGAGAGCAAAGAGGAGAGGAAGGCCAGGAAACAGACCAUCAAAGAAGAGCGGAAGGAAAGGAGAGUUGAGAAGAAAGCCAACAAGAUGGCGUUCAAGGAGGAGAAAGUACGACAGGAGAAACAAAUGGUGAACCUGAGAGCGAACAUUCAAGGCUUGAAGCUUUAGACGCCGAGUGGACUCGCUGCUCUUCACCUCCCUGAAACUCUUGAGACGGACAUCCACCCCAAACAGGACCGAGGCCAAGCCGAGACACUGGGUUUCCAGACCAGAAUGUAUUUAAAAUAAAGUUCACUGAACGCAAUCGAAAAAAAAAAAUCAUCUCCCGUAGCGACAUCAUGCUGUGUAUGAUUGAGACCGAGCAUCAGACCUCACAUUGGACUGAAACCAUGUGUGCCCAUGAAUGUCAGGCCUGUUUCCUCUAAGAGACUCUUAGUUAAUUUAAGUAUUUUCUUCUGCAGCCUCCUCUUUCAACUCAAACAUCCCUUGUUUGGCUCUUCAUCAUUACAUUCAGGGAGUGGAAACGGACAACAAGCUAUAACAGAUUUAUUACUUUUAUAGUUACUGUAAUUGUUUUGCAAUGUGUUUCCAGUCGGUUUGAAUGAUACCAGCCACCUGCGGGGGAUUUUUUUUACCUGUCAGACAGAUUACUUAAUGCCUCUCGACAUUACGAUGCAAGUUGGUGCAUGUUUAAAAAUAUUUAUCUGUUCCCAACAAAAAGGCUUCUACGGAGGAGAUAGUGUUUUGCUCUCUGAUACUGUAAAAUUUAAAAACAUAUACCUGGCAAACACAACACUUUUCACAUUUCUUUAUUAAAAAAUAUGAUAAUUACCUUCCUGCAGCUAUAAUAAUAAUAAUAAAAAAAAAAAUCAAGGUGCAGAUGGACAAUGGAACAUAUUUUAAAACACAUAGUAAAAAAAAAAACAUCCCUCUUUUAUACAAUAUGGUAUGGAUACAAAUUCCCUUCAUUAAAAAAAGAGGCAGCUCAGAAAUGAUGUAAACAAAAAUAACUUCAAUGCAAAGAGGGGAAACCUGAACACCCGCAGAGCCAGUUCUGUGGGUCGCGUGGUUUCCAGCAGCAGAUAAGAGAAAGCUUUGUCUUUUCUUAUGUGGCAAGGUUCAAAGUGUCUUCUUAAACCUGCCAAUCUGUAUAGAAACCCUCAAAAAUGGUCAGAACAAACACAGCAGCUCACCCAAAUGAUGCCAUUUCACUGUGAUAAAGUAGAGAUUAAAGGACUCUGGUUACAGCUGAAAAGAUUAUUUAACUGGAACAAUAAAUUAGCUUCUUUGCUUACUCCAAACCAAACAUAUCUACAUAAUGAUUCCUCAUAAUGCCAAUCUGAAGUUUUUGUGUGCAUUUCAUCUGGAUGAUCUUCUCUAAAAUAAAAA